UAGCAUUGUUCUGUGGAAGUAGUACAUCAUCGAUCUAUAAAAUAUUUUGGUUUAUCAUCUAUGUAUUCAGUAGUACUCAUAAUUUYUUUUCAAUGAUAUAUUUAGUAUACUAUAGCAGGCUAUUCCCGACAUUCCCGUAUAAAUUAUCAAUACUCUGUAGUUACUAGUUAGUAGUUAUAUUUGAGAUACUAAAACUAGUGAAAUCAGAACAAUAUGAAUUUUUUUUUCAUGGUUUUAUCAACAUUCAAGUAUUAAACAUAACCAAUUUAGUUUACACAAUUGACAUUUAAUAGCUUAGUACUAAACUACUAACUCUACUAACUAUACCAAGUACAACUAAAAAGUACACUACGGUUGAACGGUACUCAAGGUUUUUGGUGUUUGCAACUAGUUGGUCAUAGUCAAUAACCAAGAUUAUUUUUGUACUGUUUAAUUUUGAAUCAACCUAUUGAAAGAUUUGAUAAUUAUUUUAAUCUAUCAUUAUUUCGUUGUAUUUGAAAUAAAUUAUCUUAUUUAAUUUUCAAUUAAAAUGAAUCCUUGUGUAAUUCCUGAGGUUCCCAUUGAUAUACAAGGAGACAACCGAUGGAUGAGCCAGCAUGAACGUCAUGUAUCCGAAGCAAAAGAACGUGAACCUGAUGUUAUAAUGAUUGGAGACUCAAUUAUACAAAAGUUACAGACAUGUCCUAUAUGGAAUGAUUUAGCAUGUGUUCUUCAUGUUGGUACAAAUAAUUUUGGUAAUACUCCUGAUGAAAUAUCAGAAGGCAUUCUAACCAUAAUCAAAGAAAUCAAAUUCAAACUACCUGAGUGCUAUAUCAUUUUGUUGGAUCUAUUACCUCGUGGAGCCAGGCCAAAUCAAUUACGUGUUCGUAACUCCAAAGUUAAUGAAAUAAUACAUGAAAAAGUUAAGUUAUUUUCUCGGUUAGAAGUGAUUACUGUCAAUACGGGUCUGUUGCAAUCAGAUGAUACACUGAGUGCUCAAGAUAUGCUUGAUUACCUACAUCCAACUGACAUGUGUUACCGUAAAAUAUUUGAACCUGUACAUGAAUUACUCUUACAAAUUCUUGGAGAAGCCAAAGAUAUUGAAAAAGAAAUAAUUGAAACACAGUAAAUCUGAUUUUGUAUACUCACAGAUAAAACAAAAGCAUUUUGUA